CUCCAGCUAUUGCAAAAGUCCAUCCAGUGGCUGGAUUUGGAGGCUUUUGCAGUUGAGGGCUGGCUGGCUACACCUGGAAUUUCAUCUAGCAGAGGGGAAAAGGGGAAACCUCUCUGCCUCUGAGCUAGGCAGAAGCCCUCACCAUGGCUAACUCCUUCCGCAGCCUACAACUCUGCCUUCUCCUCCAAGCCAUCUGCCUGUGUCUGGCUCAGCUUCAAGGUCCUCCAGGAGAGCCCGGGCCCCGAGGGCCCCCAGGUCCGCCAGGAGUGCCAGGAUCCGACGGCAUCGAUGGUGACAAAGGCCCGCCAGGCGCUGCUGGGACCCCGGGCUCCAAAGGGGAACCAGGCGUUCCAGGUCCAGAUGGGCCCGUGGGGAAGCCAGGCAUCGAUGGCCUGACCGGAGCAAAGGGGGAACCAGGGCCACACGGGAGGCCAGGGCCUAAGGGCCAGCCCGGACUGCCAGGGCCACCGGGACUUCCCGGCCCUGGAUUGUCAGGACCUCCUGGGCCUCCGGGCCAGGUUGGACUUCCUGGGGAAAUCGGAGUGUUGGGCCGUAAGGGCGAAGCAGGCCCUGAUGGACCACGAGGCCCCCCCGGACCCCCGGGGAAACCUGGUCCUCCAGGGCACAUCCAAGGGCUGGAAGGCAGUGCGGAUUUCCUGUGUCCCACCAACUGCCCACCAGGGCCCAAGGGCCCCCAGGGACUGCAGGGAAUCAAGGGACACAGAGGCCGCUCCGGUGCCCUCGGGGAACCAGGAAGACAGGGCAGGCCGGGCUCCAUGGGCGACAUGGGCAUUUCCGGAGAACAAGGCAUCCCCGGGCCUCCAGGUCCUCAGGGCCUGAGGGGUUACCCUGGCAUGGCGGGACCAAAGGGCGAGACGGGUCUCCGUGGCUACAAAGGAAUGGCUGGGUCUAUCGGAGCUGCUGGCAGGCCGGGAGAAGAAGGCCCCAAGGGGCCACCUGGUGGAGCCGGGGAGAAGGGAGACAUGGGUGCUCGCGGCUUCCGAGGUCCCCAGGGAGCCAUGGGCCCUAAAGGAGACAAUGGAGCCCCGGGCAUCGAUGGUAAAGACGGCACCCCCGGCACCCCCGGCGUGAAGGGGAGCGCAGGGCAGUCCGGCCGUCCCGGGUCACCAGGCCACCGAGGAUUAGCUGGUUUGCCCGGCCAACCUGGGGCCAAAGGCGGCCCAGGCGUCAAGGGUGAACCAGGGGCCCGUGGCCUGCCAGGACUCACCGGAGCCCCGGGGAAAAUUGGUGAACUUGGAUCGCCGGGUGAGCCAGGGCCACAAGGUGUCCCCGGGCUGAAGGGCGAUCGCGGAGAGCGGGGCCCGGUGGGUCCCCAGGGCCUGCAGGGGAAAGUGGGCUCGAAAGGCGAGCAAGGUCCUCCAGGGAUCCCCGGGCCACAGGGCCUGCCCGGUGUCAAAGGAGACAAGGGCUCCCCAGGGAAAAUUGGAGCCAAAGGGGACAUUGGAGACCCUGGCGUGGAAGGCCUUGCCGGGGAGAAAGGCGAGAAGGGGGAGUCCGGUGAGCCAGGACCAAAGGGUCAGCAAGGCGUCCGUGGCGAGCCGGGCUUUACCGGCCCCACUGGGGACUCAGGGUCCCCUGGUGUGAGAGGUUACCCAGGACCCCCUGGCCCUCGAGGGCUCCUCGGCGAGCGUGGUGUGCCGGGAAUGCCCGGGCAGCAGGGCGUGGUGGGCCGGGAUGCUGGGGACCAGCAUAUUGUGGACGUGGUCCUGAAGAUGAUGCAAGAGCAGCUGGCGGUGGGUGGAGCCGGCGUGAUGGGGCCGCCUGGACCCCCAGGGCCUCCUGGAGCCCCUGGAGAGCAAGGCCCACACGGGCACGCCGGACCCCGCGGCAUCCCAGGGAUCCUAGGAGCCCCGGGGCAGAUCGGCAAUACCGGACUCAAAGGGAAGCGAGGGGAGAAAGGAGAACGUGGCGAGGUUGGGCGUGGACAUCAGGGUAUGCCAGGACCACCAGGCAUCCCAGGUAGGCUCAUUGCUGAAAUCCGACAGCUGUAUCCCCUGGUUUGGGGACAGAAGCUUAAGAGUACGGAGGCUACUCCUGCAGAUGGGAAAAAGCAGUGAGGCCAGCUAACCCCA